AUGCAGCGCUGCUGCAGCAUUUUGCUUUUGCUGCUGCUGCUGGGAGUCCUUUCUUGCUGCAGCUUUGCUGCUGCAGUGACUCACUACAAAGUGGCGGAGGACGGCACGGUGGCGGUGGCGGUGGAGCAGCAGCGCGGCGCUGCUGCUGCUGCUGGCAGCAGCAGCAGCAGCAGCGACGCAGCGCUUCUCGGGCAGCACUUAACCAUUGAAAUCCCCGGAAAUAAAGGUUUGCUGCGGCUGCUGCUCGGCUGCACUUUGCUGCUGGCCUUCUACGCCUAUGCUGCAGCAAAAGUCUACCCCAAGUUCGCCUCCACUUACCAAAAGCUCGUCAUGAAGGCCGAGGACUUCGGCGACGCCGUCUUCGGCGUCGAGCCCAAGACCAAGCUCCAGCACAUCCUCGACCGGUCAGUCCGGGGCCCCACACUUCUGCUGCUGCUGCUGCUGCUGCUGCUGCUGCUGCUGCUGCUGCUGCUGCUGCUGCUGCUGCUGCGACCAGCAGCGGCGCCUGCGCCGCAAACCGCUGCUGCUGCUGCCGCUGCUGCUGCUGCUGCUGCUGUUGCUGCUGCUGCUGCGCCCAACGGCCCUUGCACCCACCACAACUGCUGCUGCUGCUGCUGCUGCUGCUGCUGCUGCUGCUGCUGCUGCUGCAUGCAGGCUCGAGAGGUACGGAGAAGACAACCCGGUGGAGCUCCUCAGCCUUAUGGGUAUUUUUGCAUUGGGCCUCUCUUUGCUCCUCAGUGGAGUUCGCGCAAUGAAGCGCGGCAAAAAAAUCCGACUUGUGGGAGUCUAAGCCAUUUCAGGGGCCCCUGGGGGCCCCUGGGGGCCCCCGGGGGCCUCUGGGGGCCCCCGGGGGCCCCGGAGGGCCUCUGGGGGCCCCCGGGGGCCCCCGGGGGCCCGCGGAGGCAUUUGGGGGCCCCCGGGGGCCCCUGGGGGCCCCCCGCAGGGCUCCGGGGGCCCCCGGGGGCCCCCGGGGCCCCUGUGGGGCCCAUAAGACCCCCAGCGCUUGAGCAGCUACUGGGAAGGGGUUUUUCUUUUAGGGGGCCCCUAAGGGCUGGCAAGGCCCCCCUGGGGGGCCCCCGGGGGCCCCUGGAGGCCCCCAGAAUUGCAUUUUGCGACCGUCUCGUGUUUGAGGACCCUAGGGGCCCCCCAGGGGUCAAGGGGCCCCUUAGGGGUCAAGGGGCCCCCAGGGGUCAAGGGGCCCCCAGGGGUCAAGGGGCCCCCCAGGGGUCAAGGGGCCCCCCCGGGGCCCCCGUGUCUGACCUCUUGUGCAUUUAA